AAAACCUCAGCCGGGCCCGUCAGCCGCUCUUACGGCUCCGUUAUUCUGGAGAAACUCUAAUCCACACCUCUGAUCAGACAAACAGAAUAUGUGCCAUUAUAACUGACACUGUGGCGUUGGAUAAAAGCCGUCGGAUAUUUCCAAGCGUUUCUUCUCCAAAAGGGAGUAAAAGGAAUAUUUUCACGCAAGACCUCAUAUGGACUAAAACACAGCAAAUUAAGUGAGAGUGGACACUUGGACAUUUAACCAGGACAUCAAGAGACCAAGACUUCUCUGAGAAAUGUCCAACACAACUGGGCGAGGUCAUGGGGGUCUUAAUCAACUAGGUGGCAUGUUUGUGAACGGUCGGCCGCUCCCGGAAGUCAUCCGGCAGAGGAUUGUGGACAUGGCGCACCAGGGCGUGCGACCCUGCGACAUCUCACGGCAGCUGAGGGUCAGUCACGGCUGCGUCAGCAAGAUACUGGGCAGGUACUAUGAGACAGGCAGCAUUAAACCAGGAGUCAUUGGAGGCUCAAAGCCGAAAGUCGCGACUCCUAAAGUGGUGGAGAAGAUAGCCGAGUACAAGCGGCAGAACCCGACCAUGUUUGCGUGGGAGAUCAGAGACCGACUGCUGGCCGAGGGAGUUUGUGACGGUGACACUGUGCCCAGCGUCAGCUCCAUCAACAGGAUUAUUCGCACAAAAGUUCAACAGCCUUUCAACCUUCCUCUGGACAGUAAAGGCCUCAGUCCUGGACAUACACUGAUUCCCAGUUCAGCUGUCACUCCUCCGGAAUCUCCUCAGUCGGAUUCUCUGGGCUCCACCUACUCCAUCAGCGGCCUGCUGGGAAUCCCACAGACCAGCGCCGAGGGCAAGAGGAGCCACGACGACAGCGAUCAGGAGAGCUGUCGGCACAGCGUGGACUCUCAGGGCAGCGGCAGCGGACCCCGGAAACAGCUGAGGACCGAGCACUUCCCAUCUCAGCAGCUGGACUGCGGCUUUGAGCGGCACCACUACAGCUCCGACACAUUCAGUCAGACCGGGAAAACAGAGCAGUCGCUCUAUCCUCUCUCACUCAUCAACGGCAGCUUGGAUGAGGGUAAAAGUGGCUCAGCUAUCAGUCGAAACCUGGCAGCACAUCAGGGAUACACAGUGGUUGCAGCUCUACAGCCCCUCCCACUCUGUCUGAAACAGGAAAUGUCACCUGAGGUGAACAGCUCAAGCCCCUCCCCCAACAUCAUCGCUAAUUCAGCUUUCCUGGAGCUCUCUUCCAUUUCGGCUCCGUCAUCAGUGUCCAUCGCUAACAGUUGCAGCAAUGCCACUCAUUUAUCUCAUGGCUUCAACUCAUUUUCCCAUCAUGCCUCAGUGCACGGGCAGUUCAGCAGCCCGCCCCUCAUCGCAGGGAGAGAUGUGGCGAGCUCCAUGCUGCCCGGUUAUCCUCCGCACAUCCCGUCGGCCGCUCAGACGGGCUUCUCCUCGUCCACCAUCACCGGGAUGGUAGCAGGACCAGAGUACACGGGCCAGACCUACAGCCACCCGCCGUACACGUCCUACAGCGACGCCUGGAGAUUCACCAACUCCAGCAUAUUAGGUUCCCCGUAUUACUACAGUUCCGCCGCGCGAGCGCCGCCUCCCUCCACCGCGGCGUACGACCAUCUCUAGUACCGGAGAAGAACGGACACGAGUUUCUCUUUUUACAGCGGAAGAAUCCAGUGAAAGACACGAGGAGUAUAAAGAAAACAUAUUGAUGGACGAUGCCUAUUAUUGCCUGUAAAACUAUUUAUGUCCUUUGUUCACGGCCUGAUUAGGCCAUUUACAACCACACGUUUACAUCUUUAUCCACCAGUCAGAACAUCUGUUGCUUGUGUUUUUAUUUCUCUGUAGCCAAAGACAUUUCAUACUGUUUUCAUAUGGCCAGAAACACUUUACCUGCACACGAUUCAACAAAUAUAUCCACACAGUUGAACAUAUUAUUAAUAAUUCUAAAGAACAUGAGAAACAUCGCGACUUUGUUGUGGUGUUUCAAUAAGACGAGCAAAUCAUUUUGACGAGCACGUGACAUUUUAUCAACUGUGGAUUGGAGCUGAUGACCGUUAUUCAUACAUCAGAUAUUCAAACGAAACAGAAAUAACGUUACCUUUAAAAUGAUUUGCCGUAUUUCUAAUGGAUUAUCAAAAACAUCACAUUCAGAAGUAGCAUAUUCAGUCCAAACCAUUAAAGAUGUUUAAUGUUUUGGGCAAUAUGUAAAUAAUGUAGAGAAGGCAAACGUACCCCUAUUAAAAUGAAAUUCAUUUAUAUUCUACACAUGAUUAUUAGGGCUGAACUGUGUGGGAAUUCAUUAGUUUUAAAAUGUUUAUAUUCUCGCUUCUAUUUUUCCAUUUUAUCAUGCUUAUAUUUCUGUGAUUAAACGAGUUUUGAGUUUCAGAGAUUACGUUUUAUUGUACUGUUAAUUAUAUUAUUCAAAUGUAAAUUAAUAAUUUCUACAGAAUUAUUUUGAAUUAAAUAAAGCAUGACAAAGUC